CUCCCCAAAAUCUCACCCACUCACUCACACUCCCUCGGCCUUCACUCACACACCAACUAAGCCCACGGAGCAAGCACACUAGCUAGUUUCUGCCAUGGCAGCUCGCCGUGCCCACGCCGCCGCGACCUUGGCCCUGCUGGUGGCGGCGCUUGUGCUGUCUGCGGCACCGGCGCCGGCGGAGGGUGCGGUUGCGAACUGCGGCCAGGUGGUGAGCUACCUGGCCCCGUGCAUCAGUUACGCCAUGGGCAGGGUGAGUGCGCCUGGCGGUGGCUGCUGCAGCGGCGUGCGUGGCCUUAACGCGGCGGCUGCCACCCCCGCCGACCGCAAGACCACCUGCACCUGCCUCAAGCAGCAGGCGAGCGGCAUAGGCGGCAUCAAGCCCAACCUCGUCGCUGGCAUCCCCGGCAAGUGCGGCGUCAACAUCCCCUACGCCAUCAGCCAAGGAACCGAUUGCUCCAAGGUGCGUUAAGCGUGAGAUCAGAACCAUUUCAGAUGCAUGGUGAGAGCGAAAUAAAUCGUGGAAGCCGGCCGUCCUUGCUGCAUGGCUCCACCGCGUUUAAUUUACUGCUUUACUAGUUCUACUGUUUCCCUAAUAAAUAAAUUAGUUUUACUGCUGCUGCUGCUUCGAUCGUACGUUGUGGCGCAGUUGUUGCCACGAGAGCUGUGAUCUUGUACUCCUGAGGGGACCUCGUGUACUUUGUCGGAACUAUUGUAAUGUAUGCUUACAUCUAUAUAUAGAUGAUGAACAAGCGAAAUACAUGGUCCUUUAAUAA